AUGAAUGAUGAUUUGGCAAAAGUGAAGUCAGCCACGAAUCACGAUGAUAUGGAGCCGAAGACGUGUUAUGAAGGAACUAGACCAGAAUACGUGGCGCAGACGUUUUUCUUGCUGUACAUUACUAUAGCUACCAUAAUUGGUAAUUCUGCCAUAUGCUGUUCAAUCUACUACAAUCAAACUCUUCAUCGCUUCUCAAACUAUCUCGUCAUGUCUCUUGCUUUAUCAGACCUGAUGGUUGCCUUUUUCUCACUUCCAAUGCGAAUCCACCAAAGUUUGCACAACACGCACUGGUGCCUCGACGAAACCACUUGUGUUUUCUGGAUCUGGGUAGAUUUAGCUUGCCGCUGCACCUGUUUUGCGAACUUAGCAUUAAUAUCGCUGGACCGUUUUGUAGCGACAAGAUAUCCGUUGAGGUAUCACCGUAUUAUAACUCAGAGAAGAGGUCACUUGAUGAUUCUCUAUAUCUGGUUUCAUGGAGGCGCGAUAGCUUCGCUCGGACUAAACAACUGGACAAAUCCUACCAUUCCAGCGUUUGCUAUAGAUAAUCCAUCAGGGUGCCGAAAAACUCCCGAUCCGACUUUUUACACUUUUGCCGCUUGUGUGGGAUUUUUCCUUCCUUUACUCAUCAUAACAGCAUCGUAUUCUUACGUAUUUUCAGUUUCCCUGGAACACUGGAAAUCUACAAACUGCAGGACACUACCAGAGCCCGUCUCACUUGUUCAGGGUGGCAUCGCCUGUCGACGAUUUACAUUGACUCGGGAGAUCAGAGCCGCUAAAACAUUGGCCAUAGUUAUAAGCGCCCUGAUCUGCUGUUGGUUCCCGUUCUUCGCCAUACUUAUGGCUCUGUUUUGGUGCUCGACAUGUUUUACUCGAAUAAGCCCGUUUAUAAACAUAACAUUCAUUUACAUUCUUCCAAACAUCAGCAGUGCCCUAAAUCCAUUCAUUUUCUUCAUAUUUAGUCAAAGACUACGAAAAGCGUUCUACAAAUUAUAUACUCGUGUUAAGAGGAGUUUAAUUUGUUUCAUUGAGAAUUUCCGUCUCUAG